GAUACAAUCUGGUAACAUGGCACCUGGUUCAGUACUUUCUUUGGCUGUUGCCCUGGCAACUAUUAUUGGUAUCUCUUGCACUGCAACGGUUGAUGAAACAAUGCGUUGGAAAGAAUGUUUGAAUACAAAUCAAAGCAUAUUCGACUUUCAAAUUGAAACUUUGCAAGGAGAAUACACAGAUCUUAGUCAGUACCGAGGAAAAGUAAUUCUUCUCGUCAAUGUUGCAACAUUCUGUGCAUACACUCAACAGUACACUGACUUCAACCCCAUGCUUGAAAAAUAUCAAGCUCAGGGGCUUACGCUUGUUGCCUUCCCAUGCAAUCAGUUCUACCUGCAAGAGCCAGCAGAGAACCACGAGCUUAUGAACGGGCUUACCUAUGUGCGCCCUGGAAAUGGAUGGACUCCACAUCAAGAGCUUCAUAUCUAUGGUAAAAUUGAUGUGAACGGAGACAAUCAUCACCCACUUUACGAGUUUGUUAAGGAGUCUUGCCCACAAACUGUUGACAAAAUUGGAAAAACUGACGAGUUGAUGUACAACCCUGUUCGGCCAUCCGAUAUCACAUGGAACUUUGAGAAGUUCCUUAUUGACAGAAAUGGACAACCAAGAUUCCGCUUCCACCCAACCGCUUGGAGCCACGGAGAUGUUGUCACUCCAUUCAUUGAGCAACUCCUUGCUGAGCCAGCUAAUUAAAACUAACGUUGACUCUUGAACAUUCAGUCUGUACCUAUGUCAAGGUUGAGGUUUAAUCAACCACUGUAAAAUAUUUCAAUGCUAAAUAAAACCAUUCCUAUCGACC